CCAGCCAAUCCGCGCCCUGACAGCACGGCACGUGACGUGGAGUAAGUUCCUGCUGUGGCUUGAGGGAAACAGAUCGACAUUCAGCCACGGGAGAAUCGCACUUUGCGGCCUGUGGAAGCCCCCUCCCCGAGCGAUGGCCUCACCAGUCUCAGUCUAUAACUCCAACGCCUUGGAAACACACAUCUCCAGUACGUCCAGAGAGUCUCUGAAGAUGGAGUUGUUGUCUGACGUGACUCUGCUUCCAGGAGAGGAGAGGAUCAUAGAUAAAGACGUCAUGUACAUGUGUCCCUAUAACGGAGCGGUGAAAGGAAAGGUGCUGAUCACAAACUACAGACUCUACUUCAAGAGCUCAGACGCUGACGUGGCGGUGAUGUUGGACGUUCCUCUGGGUGCUAUCGGUCGAGUGGAGAAAAUGGGCGGGGCCUCAAGCAGAGGAGAGAACUCCUACGGCCUGGACAUCACCUGCAAGGACAUGAGGAACCUGAGGUUUGCAUUAAAGCAGGAGGGUCACAGCAGGAGAGACAUCUUCGAGCUGCUCUUCAGACACGCCUUCCCCCUCUCCCACGGCCUGCCGCUGUUUGCAUACUUGACUCAGGAGAAGUACGAGGAGAACGGUUGGAGUGUCUACAAACCCAUAGAGGAGUUCAGACGGCAGGGCUUACCCAACAACAAGUGGCGUAUCACUUUCAUCAACAAGAGCUACGAGCUGUGUGACACCUACCCCACCGUGCUGGCUGUUCCUUUUAAGAGUAAAGAGGAGGACCUGAGGAGGGUCUCUGCCUUCAGGUCCAGAGGACGCAUCCCGGUUCUGUCGUGGAUCCAUCGAGAGAACCAGGCGGUGAUCGUGCGCUGCAGUCAGCCUCUGGUCGGCAUGUCGGGGAAAAGGAACAAAGACGACGAGCGUUACCUGGACAUGAUCAGAGAGGCCAACGACACCACCAAACUCACCAUCUACGACGCCAGGCCCAACGUCAACGCCGUGGCCAACAAGGCGACCGGAGGAGGGUAUGAGGGAGAUGAGUACCAGAAUGCAGAGCUGAUCUUCCUGGACAUUCAGAACAUCCAUGUGAUGAGAGAGUCUCUGAAGAAGCUCAAAGACAUCGUUUACCCCAAUGUGGAGGAGUCUCACUGGCUGUCCAGCUUAGAGUCCACGCACUGGCUGGAGCACAUCAAGCUUGUGCUGUCAGGAGCCAUCCAGGUGGCUGAUAAGGUCUCAGGAGGGAACUCUGUGGUGGUUCACUGCAGCGACGGCUGGGACAGGACGGCUCAGCUCACCUCGCUCGCCAUGCUGAUGCUGGACAGUCACUUCCGCACGCUCCGAGGGUUUCAGGUUCUGAUUGAAAAAGAGUGGAUCAGCUUUGGACACAAGUUUGCUUCAAGGAUAGGACAUGGAGAUAAGAACCAUGCAGACCAGGACAGAUCUCCCAUCUUUGUGCAGUUCAUUGACUGUGUGUGGCAGAUGACCAAACAGUUCCCAACAGCGUUUGAGUUCAAUGAGCGCCUCCUGCUGACCAUCCUGGAUCACCUGUACAGCUGUCGCUUUGGGACGUUCCUCUACAACUGUGAGAGCGCACGAGACCAGCACGAGCUGAGGUCGAAGACGGUGUCUCUUUGGUCUCUGAUCAACAGUAAGAUGGAGAAUUAUUUAAACCCCUUCUACACCCCUGAGUCCGGCAGAGUCCUGUAUCCUGUCGCCAGCAUGCGCCACCUAGAGCUGUGGGUGACUUACUACAUCCGCUGGAACCCCCGCAUACGACAGCAGCAGCAGAGUCCGGUGGAGCAGCGCUACAAAGAGCUGUUGGCGCUCAGGGACGAGUACUUGAAGAAGCUGGAGGAGCUGCAGCUCUCUGACUCCUCCCCCUCCCCCCGCCUGGCUAACAGCCCCGCCCCCAACACCUCCUCCCCCUCCUCCCCUCCAUCACAACAGUACACACACCUACACACUCCACUCUGAGGGCUGCUCUCUCACACACACAUUUACACACACAUUUACACACACAUUUACACACACACAUUCUCACACGCACACAUUCUCACACACACACACAUUCUCACACACACACAUUCUCACACACACUCUCUUGCACUUAUGUCCUGUUCUGGUUUGUGUGUCACAGGAAGCUAACGAUGCUAACGUGCAGUGCUAACACAGAAUGCUAAUAAGACUUAGAUUUGAUUGUGACUUCUAACACACAUAGAGGUGAUGAUGGUGAUGAUGAUGAUAAUGAUGAUGCUGAUGAGGGUGAUUUAUGCAAUAUGUCACAGUACAGCCUUGUUACCAGACUUUUCUACACACUCAUCAAACUGAGAAGCCUUAAAGACGAACAGAGGCUUCAUGUCCAAGGGCUUCAACACCCACACGGAACACACACGGGACACACACACACACACACACACAGGGACACACACAGGGACACACACACACACAAACACACACACACACACACACAGACACUCACAGACACAGGAGACAUGGAUGAAGUAGGUGUGAUUGGAGGGACAAAAAGACGUUGUUUACAGGUGUUGAGUUUUCUGUGCACAACGUUAAAGGUCCCGAAUCUCUGAAACAGUAGAUCACUCUGAAGCUCCCGUGUCUCCUGUGUGUGUCCUGCUUCUCCUUCAUUGGUGUCCUGUGUGUCAUCACAGCGUCUCACUUUCACACGCAUUGCUACCUGCUGCACGGCGUCUUGAGUGUCGUCCCACGAGGAGUAGAUUUAGUUAGACCAGGUGUGUCAGAGUUUGGCCGGUCUGAUGUGGAUUUAGUCGCUCGUCACUCAUUGGUGAAUCUUGGGCUGAGUGUGUUUCGGUGUGUGUGUCAGGUGUGUGUUUAGGUGUGUGUUCAGGUGUGUGUUCAGGUGCUGCUGUCAGGUGUGUUUCAGCUCUGACAGAAACAGUUCUCACGAGGUUAGACGUGCUCGCUGGCUCACAGUGAUUAGGGUGUGAUUAGGUAUUCAGGUGCUGAAGUUAGUGUAGGGAUAUGAAGUGGUGCUGGCCUCUGAUCCUGAACACAGACCCUAGAUGGAGACCCAGACCAGGUCCAUGAAAGCCUUAUAAACAUGUUUAUACGCAGGGACAGGAGCAGAAAUAACCAAUCAGCUCUGGAUCCCUCUGAAAUACUCCUUUUAUAAAUCAGACUGUUCCCCCUCUCUGGAAACCCACAGGUGGUCUGAAGCACUUGUGCCUUUUGAACAGGUCUUUGAAUGGAAUCCUCAAAGUCGGAUUUCUGUCUUUGUCUACACAGAUCAGUCAGCUUGAUGCUGCAUUGACUGCUCUGUCACAGGCUGGUACUGACUGUGGUAUAAGCUCUAAAGCUGGGGCACAGUCGAGUCCUAAAAGAACCUUACGUGGGUGGAGUCGUGGAGUUCUUCAGCACAGAGGGUGAACUGUUCUUCCUGGCCUGUUUGACACUCAGAUUAAGGCUUGAUGCCUGAAACACGUUGACGUUGACACACCAGACCGUGGGCCAGUGUCCAUCUGUCACUGAGCACCAUUGGUCCUGCUUUUGCUCCUCGUCAUUUGCACAAGUGGACUCAUCUGUGGCUUCCAAUGGAGAACGAGAGCACACAUGCAUGGACAGAAGUCGACACCAGGGCAUGCUGCACAUCUGCAUCCUCAGGCUUGUUUCACAUGUGUAGCUGUGUAGCAUGCAGAGACCUGACCGGGUCUCUGAAACCUGUCCAGGGUCCAAACAGAGCCUAAGUGUUCACCCUCUGGAGGCAUGUAAGGCACACAGACCUAAGAGAACAUCAUCAGACCUCUCAAGUCGAAGUUCUGACGUGUCCCGUAACAUUUCUAUACAAAUCUCCACCAAGUAUCAAAGCUCUGGCAUCAACACACAGUAUGUCUGUGUCUGACUGAAGUGGACUUCCAGAGGACUCAGUAAACAGGGAAAGAAAAGCGACCUGUCCAAAAUGCAGAGGCUUCAUCAGUCUGGGGUUUGGUGAAGUCAUUGAGCUGUUUUCCACACAGCAUCUGUGCAGAGUCAAACUCAGGACAUCACAUGGACAGCAGUGUGUUGUUGGAAACAGAAUCUAAAAUCGCUUUGGUGCCCGUAGAGGAGGACUUGACUGUAAACUUGUUUAAAAACAGCCAGCUGCUAAAACGUCUCUCUGAUGUUCUGUAUCGUUCAUCAUGACUGUUGAUCACAAUCAUCCGUAGGCUGAACUUUCUGCCUCCUCUGUGUCGUUCAGUCGGCCCACAGUGGGCCCCUUAAUAAAAACUGAGCUCCUGAUGUCUGCACUACUGCAAGACAGACCUGCACCGGGUCACCUUAGCACCAUAGACCACCAGAGAGACGCUGCUUGGCGGGUAACUCUGGCAGCAGAGCAAGAGUCCAAAAAAUAGGUAACUGCUAGAAGGAGCUCCAGGUCUGGUCCUUGUCCACCUGAUCUUAAUAGAUCUGGUCCAGAUUUAGUCCAGCUCUGACACAGGGCUGUUCUCUCUGUCCACAUAGAAACCAUGAAGAUCAUUACUUCAGACUCAAACAGGGUAGAUAAACCUGGAGGUCUGCGGGCGACACAGCCUCAGCAGUUCUUUCCAUUUGCACCAAAAAAAUCCAAAUCCCGUUUCCUUGUUGUCGUUUAGUCUCUGAUUUGUCUCAAGAUCAGGAUAGAGAUCCUUCUGACACAGGAGUGACUCCAGGACGAGCAUUUCCAAUAUGGUUUGCCUCGUAGAGUUGCAUAGUGUGAGGAAAUGCUGGAUCCAGAAGGAUAGUCUGACUACCGGGGUCAAAGCGUGUCAGCCAGUCCUCCUCCUGACCCACGUUGGACUCUGGGUUGAAAGGAUCUUGACUUAAUCCUGAAUAAACGUUCUAAUCUUGAGACACUCACCAACGACAGAGGGACUGGACUUCUAGAGUUCUCGAUCCCCAAACAUUUCUAACCUUUUGCUCUAUAGAGUCCCUGAACUCCUAAAGAGGCAUCGUUCCUGGUAAAGGCCUCUGAGUGAUGGAGGCUCAGACCUACUCGGGGUGGUCACCUCACAGGGUUUUCAGUCAGUUGGCGGUGCCUGCAAGCGCUGCACUGUCAGUUUCCAUUUGAUCGUGGUGCAAUAAGUCAUUCUUCAGUGUGUCAGGUCUUGUCCAGAUUUGUGCCUUGAUUCUUGUGCGAAUCACCUCCGUGUCCUCGGAGAGAUGUCCUCCGGCGGUCCUGAGUCAUGUUUGAGAUCCAGUUCUUGGUAGUUUGGCGUUCAAAGUCUUUGAUUGAUGAAGCAUGAUGAAGUAAAAGUGUCGGCAUGAGGAAGAGUUCUUGUUGUGGAUGAGGGGAAGGUCGGAGCAAGUAGGGACGGGGAGGAAGGCAGCACUGGUUUGUGGUGAAUCCGUCUCGUGUUGAUCUUCGUGGUAUUGUUCUCGCCGCUCUUCCGCUGCAGUUGGACAGGGAACACUUCAGGGUUUGAUUCAAAGCUGAACUUUAAUCUGAAUUUUCAGUGUUCGGUAAAGAAAGGACGCUCGGGGCCUCGUCACGUGUCCAGCAUUCAGAGGACUUCAUGUUGACCCCAUCAGGAAGAUUCAGCACUGAUCGGAUUUUAGCACUGUUCUGCAACACAGUCGAGUCCAGGAGUCCCCCCCGGGUAAUGUUUAAAAUCCAGACUAUGUGCAGACCCAGGGACAGGAAGUCCAGACAAGCCAAGUCGGACAUUUGAAUCCCAAGCUUGAUCUUUCCUUUCUUUCCCAUCUAUCGCCUUCCUCUGCUCAAAGUGACGGGUUUGGAAUCAGUCACUGAGAGAAGGAUUUGAGCGAACCUGUUGGGUUCUAGUUUUUGCUUCGUGAGGUUUGUUCUUUAAGAUCUCAUCACACGGGUUCCUGCUCGUUCAAAGGGCUACAUGUUGGUGAGCAGGGAAAUUCGAUCAUCAUUUAACCUCCUGAAAUGACGAUCUUACAUUAACGUCAUCAAGGUACCUCUGUCGAUUCGCUCAUUCGUUGUUCCAGAGAUCUGUCAGACGCAGUUUCAGGGUUGACGUUGGAAACAGAACGUGUACUCACAGGGUUUUAAAGGGAGCUGGUUUAUUCCGCCUUCAGUCUGAUCUCAAACAUGACUCGUAUAAGUGGGCGUGUCUCGGAGCGGGCAGGUGGAGGUGAUCUAACAGGUUCUACCAAACGGAUUCUGUGUGGACGUCUUUGUUAAAGAGAGGAAUCUGGUUUCAGGAGGUUUUGUGACGACGGCGACAGAAGAGAAGCGACACAGAGCGUGCGUGGAGGGUCGGUCGUGUUUUUAGGGAAAAAACAGAUGAAAUCUAUUUUUUUUAUUUUUUACUCUGUACAAGAACCAUGAUGUAAUUACCUCAAUCAAAACCUAUUUUACUGCCUAAAGUUCUAUUGUUGUAAAAUACAAUUAUUUUAUGUAGUGUACAAUCUUACAGUUUUAUAAUAAGGAAAGUAAUGUUGGUUCAGAAAUUGUUGGUAUAAAUUGUGGAUUUCUGCUCCAUUGGUUUAAAGUGUUUCUCUUUUAUUUUGGCGGGCAUUUUUUCGAACUGUAGAGACAGAAGCUUCCGGGUCAUGCCCUUAGGGGUCUAUGGUGGAUCUGAGGAGCUCUGUCUCUGAUUCAGUCGGACUCUUUGGUUCGUGUAGGGGUUCUCGUAGUUUGGGGGUUUUGUGUAAUAAUCUAGCCUGCUUUUUAUAAAUACACAUGAAAUGUGUUUCAGGAUCGUUUUGGCAUCAACAAGGGAAGGUGACCCCAGAAACAUUUCAAAUAUAUUUCUUUAAUCAUGUUAUCUCCUCUCCACAGUCUGUUGGAUGGCUCCUGUUCUGUAAAUAUUACUGAUUAAAUUAAUUUAAGGAUUUCUGA